GGCAACUUUUUUCUUCUUUCAUUAAUGGAAAAUUUGUCCUCACCAGACUCCAUACAGCUCACCAGUCUUUGACAUGUUCUGUCACUCACGCCACCAUUUUUAGAGGUUUCAUCCUCUUUUUCUGUCCUGUUUGAAACAGAAAGGCUUUCCACUCCCCACCCUUCCAAUCCUUCUCCUUCCCUUUCUCUUUGUAUGGUCGGAGACAUCUACAGUAAUGGUUGUGAAGAAAAAAUCUAUAUCAUCUGCAUCUCCAUGGUCGACGGAGAAAGGGAAGAGCUCUAAAACCAACGAAAUACAUUACUCAUUCCUUAAACCACAGUUGAGACACGCUCUACUACUCUGUUUCUUGCUUUCUGUUUGGUUAGUUAUUCUAAGAUGUUUUCUCUUGCCUUCCUCCACGAGCGAAAACAACAUCGAGAAACUAAACGUAGAUGAAAAGGCCAAGAAAACAUCGAAAUCAUCUGCGAUAUCCAAGUGUGAAGGAGGAAUGUCAGUGUAUAUAUAUGACAUGCCCGCUGAGUUCAACAAGGGUUUACUUAAAGAUUGCAGCCAUCUAAAUGCUUACACUGACAUGUGUCCUCAUGUGGCAAAUUGCGGAUUAGGCCAACCACUCUCCUACAUGGUAGAGACCGCCGUCGCCACCACAUGGUUUGCCACCCACCAGUUCAUUGCGGAGAUGAUUUUUCACGCUCGUAUGGAGAACCAUCCAUGUCGUGUUUUGGAUCCUAUAAAUGCCAAGCUAUUCUACGUGCCAUUCUAUGGUGGACUCGAUGCCUCAAGCAAGUUCCACGAUGCAAAUCUCACGGCACGCGAUGAACUAGCCGUCCGAUUAGCAGAUUAUCUCCGAUCAAAACCAUGGUGGGAGAGGCAUCACGGUAAGGACCAUUUCUUAGUCCUAGGAAGGACCGCAUGGGAUUUCUUGAGAAGAAAUAACGACUUUGGAAACUCUCUCCUAAAUCUGCCAGACGUGCAAAACAUGUCGGUGCUGACGGUAGAGCGAAACCCUUGGGAUCAAGUCCACAACCAACACGGCAUCCCUUACCCUUCCUAUUUCCACCCGUACACGUCCCACGAGAUGAUGACGUGGCAGAACCAGAUGAGACAAUCAAGUAGGCCCCACCUCUUCUCCUUUAUAGGGGGGCCACGUAGAGGAGUUGAGAAAGCUGCUGUAAGGGACGAGUUAAUAAGGCAAUGCAGCGAGUCAGGUCGAUGCAAGCUUCUAAAAUGUGGGAAAGGACCCAGUAAAUGCCAUAACCCAAUUGAGGUACUUAAGGUGAUGUCUCAGUCCCAGUUUUGCUUGCAAGCUCCCGGUGACUCGUUCACUCGGAGGUCAACUUUUGACUCAGUGUUGGCAGGUUGCAUACCUGUGUUUUUCUCACCUCACACUGUGUAUACUCAGUAUGAGUGGUUUUUUCCAGCUGGGGAUGCGAGAGAGUAUUCAGUUUACAUAGAUGAAAAUGCUUUGAAGACGGGAAAUGGAAGCAAAAGGGUAGUUAGCAUUGAGGAAGAGCUUUUCAAGAUUGAGAGAGAGAAGGUGGAGAGAAUGAGAAGUACAGUAAUAAAGUUGAUGCCAAGACUCACUUAUGCACAUCCAAAUGCGACUGAUCUAGGGUUUCAAGAUGCUGUGGAUGUUGCCCUUAAGGCAUUGUGGGCCAAGCGUUUAAAGUUGAACGUCUAAUCAAGGGAGCCUCCUGCCUUCAGUGUUAACUAAGAUAGUCGAAUCAGGUCUCCUAAAGGCAACACAUAGCGCAUUCUUAACCUUUAUCAUUUAAUGAUGGAGAUUA